AAGUGGCGAAGGGAUCCACUUGGGGGCAAGCUGGUGAUGCGUCAUAGCUCUUGGUGAAAAGGGGAGACAAAAAAAGAACUAAAAUAGCGCCGAACCUGCGGGUUAAUGUACACCAAUGGCCACGAAGUCACUCGUGGUCUCAGAGCAGAGCGCAAAAGUGCCACAGGUGAUAGGAGGCAUGAGCACAGAGAUGCCAGACUUUGAGCGUCCUAUGUGUUGCAAAUAAGUGACAAAAUCUCUCCAAACCAAAACUUUGCCAUGUGAGAAUAGUGGCCGAAACCUCUGCAAGGUGCAGAAAUUCGACGAUUUCACCACGUCACUUCUCGGGAGAUCAUGAAACAGCAUCGGAUGCGGCUGAGCCGAGGACAAGACGAAGGAGCUGAAGAAAGCCAUCUUCACCGAUGAAGCAGCCAAGUUCCUCUGCGCCUCUCCCUUUACGCACAGGCGAGGUGAGGACGGAGAGCAUUACAUCAAUGUAGAGAAAACACCAAUGAGUCAUCCGAGGUGCUGAAAGAACCGGCAGAAGACGGGAGAAGCACAACUACAAUUUUUUAUUUAUUUAUUUUUUUUAAAUCGAAAAGUCACAAAAAUUAAAGCACACCAUGGAUGGAGAAGGAGGAUCCUCCGGGUUGGCCAAAUCAGCCGCCGUAAAACUAUCCGAGAUGGGCGAAAGAACCAAGCAGUUAGGCACCGCGAUGAGGGAUCCGCACCAGCAAAGACGGAUCAUAUUAGUGAUUGUUUGCGUGGCUCUCCUGCUGGACAAUAUGCUCUACAUGGUAAUCGUGCCAAUUAUUCCAGACUAUCUUGCUGAUCUGGAGAGUGAGCAGUCAGAGCACGUCCACGUAGUGAUGCACCCCAACAGUUCAGCCAACAGCACAAGCCAAGACAAAAGCAACAAGGACAAUUUAGAUGUCCAAAUCGGAGUACUUUUUGCAUCCAAAGCCAUCCUCCAGCUCUUAGUUAACCCGCUCACGGGAACUUUCAUAGACCGGGUCGGAUAUGACAUUCCACUUUUAAUCGGACUCACUGUCAUGUUCGUGUCCACCUGCAUAUUUGCUUUCGGGGAGAACUAUGCGACGCUCUUUGUGGCCAGAAGUUUGCAGGGUCUGGGCUCUGCUUUCGCGGACACCUCUGGGAUCGCGAUGAUAGCAGACAAAUACACGGUGGAGGCAGAGAGGAGCACGGCGCUCGGCAUCGCGCUGGCGUUUAUCUCUUUCGGCAGUCUGGUGGCGCCUCCCUUCGGGGGCGUCCUGUACGAGUUCGCGGGCAAGCGGGUGCCCUUCAUCGUGCUCGCCUGCAUUUGCUUGGCGGAUGGCUUGAUGCUGCUCACCGUGAUCAAGCCCUUCUCCAACAGGACUAGAGAGAACAUGCCAGUCGGCACCCCCAUAUACAGACUCAUGAUUGACCCCUACAUAGCUGUGGUGGCCGGGGCGCUCACAGUGUGCAACAUCCCCCUUGCCUUUCUGGAGCCCACCAUAGCCAACUGGAUGGAGACCACCAUGCACUCCUCUCAGUGGGAGAUGGGACUCACCUGGCUCCCAGCCUUCUUCCCUCAUGUCCUCGGCGUGUAUAUAACAGUUAAACUGGCAGCGCAGCAUCCAAAUUUGCAGUGGUUCUACGGAGCUGUAGGUUUGGUUAUCAUAGGGGCGAGUUCCUGCACAGUCCCCGCAUGCAAAACUUUUGGGCAGCUCAUCGCCCCGUUGUGCGGCAUUUGUUUUGGCAUCGCGCUGGUCGAUACCGCGCUGCUGCCGACGCUUGCGUUUUUAGUUGACGUGCGUCAUGUUUCCGUGUACGGUAGUGUUUAUGCUAUAGCAGAUAUUUCCUACUCCGUCGCAUAUGCUAUGGGUCCUAUAGUAGCCGGGCAGAUAGUGCACAGUAUGGGUUUUGUACAGCUUAACCUGGGUAUGGGUCUCGUCAAUGUGCUUUACGCACCAGCCCUGCUGCUGCUGCGCAACGUGUGCCAAAUGAAACCGUCCUACUCAGAGAGAGAUAACCUGUUAGAGGAGGCUCCGCAGGGGCUGUACGACACUAUCAAGAUGGAGGAGAGGAGAGCUAAAAAGAAGGGCUACAGUUCGGCAGGGAACUGCCUGUCAGUAGAUGAAAACGGGUUCGACCCGUUCAAAGCACAGCGGUCCUUGUCAGAGGAGUCGUCCGGUCCGGAGUACACUUAGACUGGACACACUCUGUCCAACAUCCCCCCUGGAGAGGUGUGUAGAGGAGUUCAGGCGGGUUAUAAUCUAGUGGUUCAAACUUUUAUGUAAGUACCGAUGUGCAAUAUAAACACCCAAUCACCAAAAUCAUGAUUGUGUGACCCGUUUUCCAAAGUUGAUUUUCUUCUCUUUUCUUUUUGACUGUGAUUUCAUUGUGUCGAACAAGUCUAUGUAGCGUUUGUCAUGGACGUAUAACUGGAGUUUUGUGAGAGAUUAUCAGCUACUGUUGAAUUUGUGUGUAUUAAUGAGUAUUAUAUGAAAAAAAGAUAUAAAUAGAUAAAUGUGCGUACAAGAUUAUAUGGGACCAACUAUAAGCAGCACAUUUCCCCCCUUACACAAAAUAGCCUAUAUUUUUAGUCUGAGGAAACUUUUUUUACUUGCACAUCAAAGGCCUCUUUUAUUUCUCUCUUAAUUUAAUUGUUUGAAAAUUUCGUGAAUGUUGAUUUUGUAACUUGUGGGCCUGUUUGUUCUUAUCAUUACCAUUAUUUCUGAUUUAUUUUUUGGUGUUUGAAAUUAAAUGUAUAAUAAUAAAUGGAAUUUGUACAUAUGUGGAUACAUGCACAAUGUAAAUUGUUAAAAACAUACGUGGACCUCUACGAAAUGUGUGUGUGUGCGCGCGUGUGUGUAUGAACAUUUUGUCAAGACGUAGCCAAUGAAGUCAGUCUCCUUAAGAUGAACAAAUAUGUAUUCAUUUAACAACUGUCGUUUUAAUAAAUCUCUGUUUGGAUCUGUG